AUGUCCGGAGGACGCAGCUGCGCAAGGGUCUACCCCGGCGCCAACGAAAAGUUUGGUCGUCCCUGGUGGGAUUACGACAACCUCGCAGUUCAAUGGGGCACACAAGACAACUACGAGAUCCUCCGCAAAGUUGGACGUGGUAAAUACUCUGAAGUGUUCGAAGGAGUCAACAUUGCCUCCGCCUCUGGUGUUCCCGAGAAAUGCAUCAUCAAAGUGCUCAAACCCGUCAAAAAGAAAAAGAUCAAACGAGAGAUCAAGAUCCUUCAAAACCUCGCUGGAGGGCCCAACGUCGUUGGACUGCUCGACGUCGUACGAGACCCACAGUCUAAAACACCAUCGAUCAUCACCGAGUAUAUCAACAAUACCGAUUUCAAGAUCCUCUAUCCGAAGUUUACCGAUUUCGAUGUGAGGUUUUACAUCUUCGAGUUGUUGAAGGCGUUGGAUUUCUGUCAUUCGAGAGGGAUUAUGCAUAGGGAUGUGAAGCCGCAUAAUGUUAUGAUUGAUCAUGAAAAGCGUAAACUUCGACUCAUCGAUUGGGGUCUUGCGGAGUUCUACCACCCUUAUACAGAGUACAACGUUAGGGUAGCCUCACGAUACUUCAAAGGUCCCGAACUUUUGGUAGAUUUCCAAGAGUACGACUACUCACUGGACAUGUGGAGUCUAGGCUGCAUGUUCGCAAGCAUGAUCUUCCGCAAAGAACCUUUCUUCCAUGGUCACGACAACUAUGAUCAACUCGUCAAGAUUUGCAAAGUUCUAGGCACAGACGAGCUGUACGUGUAUUUGGAGAAGUACGAUAUCGAUCUUGACCCUCAAUAUGACGAUAUUUUGGGUAGAUAUCAGAGGAAACCCUGGAGCAGAUUCAUUACGAGCGAGAACCAGAGGUAUAUUUCGAAUGAUGCGAUCGACUUUUUGGACAAGUUGCUGAGGUAUGAUCAUCAGGAAAGAUUGACCGCGAAGGAGGCUCAGGAUCAUGCGUAUUUCGAGCCGGUGCGGGCUGCUGCUGCAAGAGGGGAGGUUGUUGCUAGCUAG